ACUUUUUCUCUACGUUACUGAUGAUUAUGGCGAAGUUUGCCAGAUGGAUGUGAAGUGUUGUGUAAAGAAUAUCAUUAACGGUUGUAUCAAACAAAUUUUAUCGAGCCAUACCUGAAGGUACAAUAAUAGAAUUGGCUGGAACCUGCAGCCUGAUUAAAUAAAUAGUAUUGUCUAUCUCUUGAACUGCUCCUACCAGCAGUAACCUAACUACUCUUCUGUCCGGCAUAAAUAGGUGAAAUCAAACGCAAGGAAAUUUUUUGCAGUUUUAUUAAGGGUUCUAGACACAUAACCUUAAUUGACUGCAAUGUGUUCGAAGGUUCAAUUUAUUGUAUUUAUAAAAAUAUGGAGGGUCAACAGUUCUGUUUACGAUGGCAUAACUUUCAAAAUACAUUGUUGAGCUCACUUCCUAAACUGCUUGAUGGUGGUUAUUUAACGGAUGUCACAUUGAGUGCUGGUGGCAGACACAUACACGCACAUAAAAUUAUACUUUCUGCUUGUAGUUACUAUUUUAAAGAACUAUUUAAGGAUUUAAGUUCUUUGCAACAUCCUGUAAUUGUAUUACCAGGGAUGGAAUAUGCCAAUUUAUGUGCUCUAGUCACUUUUAUGUACAAUGGUGAAGUGAAUAUUUAUCAAGAACAAUUACCUGCACUUUUGGCCAUGGCAGAUACUUUACACAUUCGUGGGCUAGCCGAUAUUGCUGGGAAAAGUACUAGACACGAUAAUGGUAUGUAUGUUCAGCCUCCACCGCCCCAAUUACAAGAAAAAAUAUUAUCCGAAACACCAAUAAAGAAGGAAAAUAAAGACAAUAUCGUGAGCGGUGGAGAAUCAUUAGAAACAGUUUUGGAAACGGAAGCAACUGAAAAUUUAGAAGAAUCAUUUAAUGAUCCAGAGAGUAUACCAUAUUGUGUAAAAACUAAGCCGUAUUAUUCAAUUAAUGCAAAAUUAAAUCAAAGAGAAAAAGUCAGUAUUCCUUCUGUUAAUACUUCGUCUAAUAAAUAUUCUGAUAAAGGAUAUUCGGAAGGUGGAAUGGAUGAAAGUACGCCUAUUUUAGAAGAUCAGAUUACACCGGUAGAAGAUACCAAACCUCCUCCUGUAUGGGAUGCAAAUUUUAAGUUUCUUACAAGCUCGAUAAGCGGCAGAACUUCUCAGAAUUAUAACAAAUCUAGUGUCACUUGCCUUAUUUGUGGAAAACAGUUAAGUAAUCAGUACAAUCUGCGAGUACAUAUGGAGACUCACAGUAAUAGUUCGUACAGUUGUACAGCUUGUUCACACGUGUCAAGAUCGCGAGAUGCACUUAGGAAACAUGUUUCCUACAGACAUCCAGUGGCCACACCGCAAAAACGUUCACGAUACAAUACGCCAAAACCAUAGAAAUUCUUAUUCUUAUAGAUAUGUUGAUUUUUAUCAUGCCCUUGUUUUAGGAUAUCUCUUUGUUAAAAAAAGAUGACCAUUGUGUUACUCAACUUAAACCUAAGAAUUUUGUUAGUUAAAGCAAUUAUAAUCUUAAACUUAAAAAGUUAGAUAUAAAUUUCCUGAUUUUUCAUUAUUUAUUGUUAGAGUAUUUCAUUUGUUUAAAAAAUAUUUUAAUUGAGGAGAAAUCGAUCAAUAUGAAAGUAUAUUGAUUUUUAUUAUAAAGUUAUUAAAAUGCUCCCUUAUUUAAGUGGUAUACUUUGUGCAGUUACAGUUCAUUCAGUCGUUGGAAGUUAAAUUGAAGAAAGUUUAAUAUAGUGUACAUAAGCGAAAUCAAAGAAAAGCGAAACAAUAGCGACUUUUCAAUUUUUCUAAUCCUUUCACUUACAACUUUAAUUUAACAACUAAAUAUUGUAAUUAAAUACAAAAAUUGAAUAUCUAAUGUAACAAAAAUUGAGAUUAUUCAAUACAGAACUUAUGUGCCUCAUCUUCUUUAAACCAAGUAUUCGGUAUACGACUGAUUAAAAAUAAGGCAAGCUAUAGUAACACCUCAAUUAUUUUGUUUUUAAAUGUACAGAUAACUUAAAGCGUGAUCACGUUCCUAGAAACCCUUAGUGUUCGAAUUGUUACUGUUUUCUUGUUAUCUUUAUGCUGUUUUAAUAAAGACAAAGUAGACAAUA